GCAACCUUUCAUCUAAACUCCCUAAGGAGCUACUGUAACUCGUCAUACGAGGAAUCCCCAUCAUCAAGAUGGCUAGCCAAGCUAAAGGCAAGAAACAGCAAUCUCUCACUAGUUUCUUUACUCCGAAGACCGUUAAUGGUCUAAGUGCAUCCCUCCGGAGUCCCCAAAGCCAAGAUGCCGCGAGCCCCGGCGAAGCUCCUGACAGCUCUCGCAAGCGACCACUCCAAGAAGACACCGACAACGGAAACGAUACACCUCUAAAGAAGAGAUCGAAAGGAAAAGACAUCGAGAACGAAGAUGAAGACGUAGGCAGACCUGAUCUAAAAUCCCCGACGCUUGCUAUUAGAAGGUCAGGGGCUCGCACGGAGCAUUAUGUCUAUAACAGCUCAGCCUCGCGGGAAGAGGCAGCUGAAGAGGAGGACGAUAAUGCAGCCGAGAAACGACGCAAAGAAGAGCUUCACCGAAAGUUUGUACAGAAGCUCGGUCGACCCGACAGUAUGCCAUACGGUAGACAUCGAAACGGACAAGACGACGAUACACAAGCCGCAGACGAGGAUGCCGAAGACGGCGAAGAGGAAGAACCGCCACCGCCACCUACAAAAGGCAAGAAGAAGGGCGCUAAGACUGGAAAGCUUACACCCAUGGAAAUCCAAUUCCUAGAUAUCAAGAGGAAGCAUAUGGAUACCAUAUUAAUUGUUGAAGUGGGAUACAAAUUCAAGUUCUUUGGUGAAGACGCCCGCAUCGCAGCCAAGGAACUUAGUAUAGUAUGUAUACCUGGCAAGAUGAGAUACGAUGAACAUCCCUCCGAGGCGCACCUGGACAGGUUCGCCUCAGCAAGUAUUCCUGUACAUCGAUUGCCAGUCCACGCCAAACGCUUGGUAGCAGCGGGCCACAAGGUCGGAGUUGUUCGCCAAGUCGAGACUGCCGCAUUGAAGAAAGUGGGAGACAAUCGCAAUGCCCCUUUUACGAGAAAACUCACCAAUGUCUACACCAAGGGCACGUACUUGGAUGAGAUUGGAGAGUUCGAUCGAGGGGACAGCUCGGGAGCAUCGGCAGGUGGAUAUCUACUCUGCAUUACGGAAACCAAGGCCAAAGGUUGGGGAACUGACGAAAAGGUCGAUGUUGGUAUCAUUGCAGUUCAACCUGCCACUGGUGAUAUUAUAUAUGAUAACUUCGAGGACGGCUUUAUGCGAAGCGAGAUCGAGACCAGGUUGUUACACAUCUCACCGUGUGAAUUCCUGAUUGUCGGCGAUCUCUCCAAAGCUACGGACAAGCUCCUUCAACAUCUGUCCGGUAGCACAACCAAUGUGUUUGGAGAUCGAACUAGGGUCGAAAGAAUUCCCAAAUCUAAGACCGUCGCUGCCGAAUCUUACUCCCAUGUUGCCCAGUUCUACUCCUCCAAGCUAAAGGAGGCAUCCGAGGGCAACAACGAACAAGCUAGCGCCCUUUUAGAUAAGGUAUUAAAGCUACCUGAACCUGUCACCAUCUGUUUGUCUUCCAUGAUCAAUCACCUGAAAGAAUAUGGUCUUGAACAUAUAUUUGACCUUACCAAAUACUUCCAGUCCUUCAGUGCACGCCAGCACAUGCUGAUUAACGGUACCACGUUGGAAAGCUUGGAAGUGUAUCGCAACCAGACCGAUCAUUCUGAAAAGGGUAGUCUCUUCUGGGCUCUUGACAAGACCCUGACUCGCUUUGGUCAGAGGCUCCUUCGCAAGUGGAUCGGUCGCCCCCUUUUAGAUAAAGAGCGCCUCGAGGAACGGGUCGCUGCUGUCGAAGAGUUGCUCGAGAACGCCUCGACCGCCAAAGUCGAUCAGCUAGAGCACCUCCUAAAGAACACCAAGACCGACCUUGAACGCAGUUUAAUCCGCAUAUACUAUGGGAAGUGCACACGCCCCGAACUCCUAGCUGUCCUCCAAACAUUACAAAGAAUAGCAGUGGAAUUCGCAAGAGUAAAAUCACCAGAGGAUUCAGGAUUUAGCUCAAAGUUGAUUGGCUCGGCGAUUACUUCCAUCCCUCUCAUUCUACCCACUGUCUUAUCAUACCUCGAUCGCAUUAAUGCCGAAGCUGCACGCAAAGACGACAAAUAUGCCUUUUUCCGUGAAAACGAGGAGACGGAUGACAUAACGGAGCAAAAACUUGGCAUCGCAUCUGUAGAGCAAGAACUAGAAGCCCACAGCAAAGUCGCCGCUUCCACCCUAGGCAAAAAGUCCCCUAUAUCCUACGUUACGGUUGCCGGAAUUGAGUACCUUAUCGAAGUACCCAACGCCGACCUCAAGCGCGUUCCAGCUUCCUGGAUGAAAAUCAGCGGCACCAAGAAGCUUUCCCGCUUCCAUACCCCGGAAGUCGUGCGUCUGAUGUCUGAGCGCGACCAACAUAAGGAAGCACUAUCAGCCGCCUGUGAUACGGCCUUUACUUCCAUGCUGAGCGAUCUUGCUGCCGACUACCAACCCCUGCGGGACGCCGUUUCCUCCCUUGCCACCAUAGAUUGUCUCCUUUCCCUUUCCAAAGUUGCUUCCCUCCCGGGCUACUCCAAACCCACCUUCCUCCCGACGGACUCCCCGCCUACUAUAUCAAUUGACGGCGGUCGUCACCCCAUCGCCGAACAGACACUUACUACAUCCUACAUCCCCUUCAGCACAACCCUCUCCUCCCCCACCCCUCUAGCUCACCUAAUAACCGGUCCCAACAUGGGCGGUAAAUCAUCCUUCGUCCGCGCCGUAGCCCUCCUAGUCCUGCUCGCGCAAAUCGGUUCUUUCGUACCAGCUACAUCCUUCAGCCUAACCCUUGCCGACGCAAUCCACACACGCAUGGGCGCGCGCGAUAAUCUCUUCGCAGGUGAAUCUACAUUCAUGGUCGAGGUAUCCGAAACAGCCCGCAUCCUGCGCGCCGCAACCCCACGCUCCCUCGUCGUCCUCGACGAACUAGGUCGUGGCACAAGUACCCACGACGGCGCCGCCAUCGCACACGCUGUACUCGCGCACGUCGUACAAGAGACCCGCUGCCUCACCCUCUUCAUCACACACUACCAAAACCUCGCCCGCGUUGCCGAUGGUCUCGCGGGCGGUUGUAAGAACGUCCACAUGCGCUUUACCGCAGCUAAGCGUAGCGGGGGCGAGAUUGAAUCCGCGAACCCACAGGUCGGGUCGGACAAUAAUGGCGAUGCGGAUGACGAUGAGGACGACAUUACUUUCUUAUACGAGGUAGGAGAGGGCGUUGCUCACAGAUCCUACGGUCUAAACGUGGCCAGACUGGCCCGCAUACCACGAAAGGUACUUGACGUCGCAGCGAAGAAAUCCAGGGAGCUUGAAGAUACGAUCAAGAUACGAAGAUUGAACGGCGCGGCAAGGCUUCUAGUUGAUGUUUUAGGGGACAAUUCCGAUCAGCUCGAUCACUUGGUAUCAAGCAUCGAACAAUUGUGAAAUUUGAUAGACUAUGCUGCAUUCUCGCAAGAGGAAAAUUAAAUAAAAAAGAACGGAAUUAAUAACGAAACACAAUGCAAUUCGUUGGCCGCAAACGAGGCAAAUAAUAGCU